AUGUCCAUCGACGCUGAAAUCACCAAGAUCAAUGAAGGCAUAGCAAAAGUCCAUGUGGCCCUUUUCAAAUUCAACAAUCAGUUGGAUGGAAUCCUGCAAAGUCUCAAUAACAAACUGGGUGACUUCGAUGACGGUGUGGACAACGCAGUUGGAAAGGUCAAUGGGGUAGGACUGGACAUCAUCAACAUAUUCAAGCAUUUUCCUGGCGAAGCUCUAUAUUAUUCAUUACUUAUAACGAUUUUGGUUAUUCUGAACCUACUCUGUCUCUACAUGGUCUACUACAUAUAUAAAUGGAUCGUUGAACGUGAGCUACGAUUUGACAAAGAGUUACGGAAGUACAGAAAGAAGGUCUACCGCCUCAUCGAUGAAAAUCGGGUGGCCACGAAUCCCGCCAACAUUGAAACUCCGCCACCAACCUAUGAUGAGUAUAUAAGUGCAGCCGAUUUAUGA